AUGGCCCCUAUUAUGGAGGGCACCCACUCUGUUCUCCUCCUCUACCCACGCAUUCAAGAGUUCUGCAAAGUCAGCCCGUAUCUGCCCAAGAGGCUGGCCCCGGGCUUCAAGUACACGAGUCGCGCCCGCCAGUUGGAAAGCACCAGUAAUGACCAUGAGGACCGGAGCGAGGAGGUUCCUGGAGUGUCCAAACAAAGAGGCCAGUCUUCUGAUUCCUCGAGUGAACUGGUCCUCUGCAAUUCCCAGGCAACAAAGGAGGCAGUUGCGGAGCUCCUGUGGCUGGCAGUGGAGCACCAUCAGUUACUGGCUGAAUUCUUAUCGCUUUGCAAGGAUUGUACGCACAAGGUCAGCAUGGGAAACCAGGACGGGAAACUUCAAGACUACAUAGAAGGUCAGGAAGUUCACUUGGAUGGUCAGACGCUUAGCAAUAAACACCCCGUCGUGUCAGAGCAUAAGAAAAUUAUGACAAAAACCAAGAAGAUUAAGAAAGGAAUGAAAAAGCAGGAAAGCGCUGAGGAGAUGCUUCAUAAAAAGAUGAAACAAAAGGUGACUAAUGGGGUUUCUAUCGUAACACCUUCAAAUGUGGAUAGUUCUCAUUCCGAAACAUCUGACAGUCCGGUGACAGGGUCCUACGUGAGUGCGGUCAGUAACCCCAUUCUCCCCACGGACGAGAACUUCCAGAUGGAUCGCUGGAUGGAUUUCAUGGAGGACAACCGGAACUAUGAACCCGACGUGGAUUUUUGUAAUGAUUUUUCUGAAUGUGACGGUGAAUUCGGAUAUCAGUCGUCCUCUUGCAGCUUGAUGGAAGGUCUUAACAGGAGGGAAAGUGGAAGCAACCUGCGGCCAAUUAGGAGGCUCGAUUCUUUAUGUGAAAAUGAGCGCGAGCUGUUGGUCAAAUCUACCGAACAGAAAAACACGGUCAACACGGGGAUGACGGUCAAAGCAAAAGUGCAAGACGUGGAAGCAAAAGUUCAGCGUGUCAGCAAUGGACCGCAAGAUAGAAAUUAUAACAGUGGUAGGAAGCUUUCUCUGCAACUAUCUUAUACAAAUGAACCUGUUAAAAUACACGCUAAAAGGAGUCCUUGUUCACCUCUCGCUGGGGUCUUCAACACGUCAUUCCCAGCGUCCAACAGUCUCCAGAGUAUGUCCCCGGUCCUGUCCCCUCUGUCCUCCAAGCAGACCAGUCCCCAGCUCAACCACAGAAUAGUACUAUUGUCAGACAAGGACACGGACAGCUUCAGCAAUGCGGAUGAUCCCAAGAUCUACACUGAGGUAAUCGAUAAAAAUGGCAACAAGCGGACUAUAACGCGCCUGGAUUUGAACCUGAGCAGGAGGCCAAGUGCUUCAAAGUGGAAUUCAUCAAGUACGUCUACAACAACAGAUGAUUCCCUCUUGAGACAGGAUGACAUUUGGAUGCUGGAUGAGCCACAGGAGCCAAUCAGACGAGUUCAGCGGCCCGAUCACCUGGACUUCUUACGUAUCACGCCACCGGAGGAUGACAUCAUCGGGGAAACUCCCUAUUAUCCUAAACUGGAAUGCACGGCCGAGGUGACAUCUCCUACCGACAGUGAGGAUCGAACACCAGGGCGUCUCCAGGCCGUGUGGCCCCCUCCCAAACCUAAAGAUGAAGAGGAGAAGGUGGGGCUCAAAUACACUGAAGCAGAGUACCAGUCUGCCAUCAUGCAGCUCAAGAGGCAGUGCAAGGAAGACUUGGAGAAGAUGCAUGCAGAGUAUGAGAUGAAGAUCUUUGAGUUACGAGGAGAACAUGCAGUGUCCAUCACCCAGCUGGAGAGCCAGAUCAGCCAGCUGCAGAGUGACAAGCCUUAUGUGGCAGGUCAGGUCCGCUGUGCUGUUCGUGACGUCGGAGUGUCCACUACGGAGGACUCCAUUAUAAAGACCUGUCGCACUGUGGCCAUCCAGACAGACAGGGAGUAUUUUGUCAAGAGCCCUGAUGGAGAGGGUGGGACUAACCCUCUGAGCCCCAGUCAGAACAUACCUAAGAAACUAAACAUGGACUCCAUUGGCCUCAAUUUGGAAGGACAGGCUGAUAAAGGCUCUGCACCUCCUCCCCCUCCUCCUCCACCACCACCUCUACCUGGGAACAUGGGUGCUCCUCCCCCUCCACCACCACCUCCUCCUCCUCCACUUCCACCUGGUAUGUCUGGUGCAGUGCCCCCUCCUCCCCCUCCGCUCCCACCAGGCUUCUCUGGUGCAGGACCCCCUCCUCCACCUCCUCCCCCUCCUCCACCUGGUCUACCUGGUGCACCACCGCCUCCCCCUCCUCCUCCUGGGUCAGGCCCGCCACCUCCUCCACCACCUCCGGGUGGGGGCCCUCCUCCGCCACCCAUGGGUGGCUUCCUCCAGAAAGUUCAACAAGCCCCAAGGAAGCCUGCCAUCGAGCCAGCAUGUCCCAUGAAGCCACUAUACUGGAGCAGGAUUCAGAUACAAGAUAACAACAAUAACACAUUAUGGGGUUCCCUGGAGGAGCCAGAUAUAAGUGACCCCAAAGAAUUUGAGGACCUGUUCUCUAAAGCCACUGUACAACCGAAGAAAAAGCCACUGGCUGAGACCUUUGAGAAGAAGGCCAAAACUAAGAAGAUUGUGAAGUUGUUGGAUGGGAAACGCUCACAAGCUGUUGGCAUCCUCAUCUCGAGUCUGCAUCUGGACAUGAAAGACAUUCAACAAGCUCUUCUGAACAUGGACAACACUGUGGUGGACCUGGAGACCAUUGAGGCACUGUAUGAAAAUAGGGGCACCAGUGAUGAGUUGGAGACAAUAAAAAAUCAUUAUGAGACUUCCAAGGAUGACGAGAACAAAGUGCUGGACAAACCUGAACAAUUCCUCUAUGAGCUCUCCCAGAUUCCCGACUUCAUAGGCCGCGCUCACUGCCUCAUCUUCCAGUCCACCUUCUUUGACACCAUCUCCUCCAUCCAUCGCAAGGUGGAGGUUGUUGUCAAUGUCUGCAACGAGCUUCUGGAGGGCCCCAGUUUACGGGAUGUCCUGGGUCUUGUUUUGGCCUUUGGGAACUACAUGAACGGAGGCAACAGGACAAGAGGCCAAGCUGAUGGCUUUGGACUGGAGAUCCUCCCUAAACUCAAAGAUGUCAAGAGCAGGGACAAUCAAAUGAACCUUGUUGAUUAUGUGGCUUUGUACUACCUGCGUAACUUUGACAAGCAUGCAGGCACGGACAAGAGUGUGUUCCCUCUCCCGGAGCCUCAGGACUUCUUCCAGGCUGCUCAGGUGAAGUUUGAUGACCUCACCAAAGAUGUCAAGAAGCUCAAGAAGGACCUGACAGACUGUGAGAAGAAUGUGGAAAAAGUUUGUCGCAACUCUUCAGAGGAACAUAUCGAGCCCUUUAAAACCAAGAUGGAGGGCUUCAUUAGUGCUGCCCAGAAGGAACAUUUAACUGAGGAGGAGCGACUCAGUGCUGCACAGAAAAGGUUCCAGGACAUGGUGAAGUAUUUUGGGUUGAAAGCCAAAACAGGAGAGAAGGAAGUGACCCCCAGCUAUGUCUUCAUGCUGUGGUUUGAAUUCUGCAAUGACUUUAAGAACACAUGGAAGAAACAAAGCAAGAACGUCUCCAAGGAGAAGUUAAAGGAAGCUGAAGAAAGCAUUAAGAAGAUCACUGCAGACAAACGUGUUGAAACCAAAAAGGUCAAUGCCAACAGUUUGAAAGAGCGGCUGCGGCAGAAGGAAGCCAGUGCAUCGUCUAGCUGAGCUGAGUGUCUGGACUAAAUGAUCUCACAUCACAUACGUUUACAGUGACUAUCUGCCUCAAACAACAGACUCUGAAAUAGAACAACACUACUGCCCUCUCUGCCUCACCACAACAUUGGACAUGAACAUCACUUUUGAUACGAGCAUUAAUGUUAGAUACAAGUGCUGCUAAGUGGAACAAUGCAUGUCUGACAGUGCUCCAUUGAAGAGAGUCUUAAAGGUCAAAGAUCGACCUCAUUCUUCCAGCUCGAUGUGACCUCAGAGUGACCAGCUUUUGAACGGUCACCAGGGGUCAGCAGGACCAUAACAGGGUCAGAAAACUUAUCCUAUUACUACUGUACAUCAUAUUAUGAGUGCACUUGCUUGUGUGUGAAAAGAUAUGGCUUCUUACGCAGUUCCCAGUCUUGUAAACAUGUCAUGUUGUAGAAUACGCUGAGACUGUUCAGGUGGGACAUAGAAUAGCUGUAUGAAGCACUAUGUUUUUGCUUCCAAAUCUACUUAGUCUCAUCUUUAAAAACAGGAAAGGCUUUGUCCCUGUGUUGUUGUCCAGCACAGUUGCACUUUUUUGCUUGCAGUAGCUGUGCUCACUAAAACUCCCUGUAAUGCCACCUUUGUGCUUCAUUUCUGUUGGCACUGUUGGCACCUCAUUUCCUAUGCAAGAACCUACUUUUGUUGAUUCCUAUUAUGCCUCCAGAAACUCAUAGAAAGUUUUAUUUUUGUGUAUUUUAUUUGAACAGAUAUAAAAUAACAAUGCCUGAGUCUAUUAUUUGUACAGAAAGAUUUUAUUUUUUGCCUGAGAAUGUCAGCCACAGUAUGUUCAUAUUUUUAUUGGAUGGAUAAUGUUGAUGCUGCCAAUGAAGCGGUGCAUACGAAAGAUAUAUUUUUAUUCACAUAUAUGAGGCUGUUGUAUUUUUUAAUGGCCUGGGUUUAUUUAUUUUUUGAGGAAAAUGUUUCUGCCAAUUUACAUAUGGAAAAGGCGGGUUUUAGUUUGCUUUAUAAUAGUAUACACAGCUUAAGCAAGAUACUUUUACCAAUCAUACAGCGGAAUAAUCAUUUUCAAACUAUUCAACUAUUAAAAUAAAUAACAGCAAAUUCAUUAUGAAGAUGCAGGGUGAUGUUGUAACAGUAAUGACCUGUUGUCUGGAAAUCCUACAGUCACUCAAAUGGGUGCUCUGUACUUUUAUGGAAUUGUUUUAAAUUUCAAUAAUAAACUACUGGACAUGAA